CGCUAUACGAAUUCAUUUGCUAUUCGUGUAGUCGGGCCACCGCGCGUGCCUGAUCUGUCAUGCCAUGUGCCAUAUGACUGUGAUCAUCAAUGGAUUAAAUACAUGUUAAUUGACACUUUAUAUAAGGCAUUUUUAAAUGAUAGUUAGUUGCUCUUCGGAAGAUGAAGGAUUUCCGAAUAAACGUCUUUUUAAAAAUAGAAUUUAUUAAAAUAAAUUUAGUUUUGUAGAACAAUUUUCACAUUUUGUGUUUGUGUUUGUGUUUGUGAUAAUGAGGAAAUAUUAUUUCUUGUUCGGUGAUGGGAGUAAAGUAAAUCAAAUAUUAUGUGCAGUAUUAAUAAACUUGCCCGUGUUCGCGUACGGCGCCAGCAUCGGCUGGAUGUCGCCCAUGACACUACUCCUUCAGGGAGAACACUCGCCGCGAGGGACGCCGCUCACCGCCUCUGAAGUGUCAUGGAUGGCGGCUGUCGCAUACCUGACUUCCGUCCCUGCGAACUACCUGGUCGCCUUCAUGGGGGAUAAAAUAGGCAGAAAGAUCACACUGCUGUUCGUCUCAGCGAUGCUGUGCGCUUGUUGGAUCCUGAAGCUGUCGUCAAUGGAUACUUGGGCAUUUAUCCUAGCGAGGGCCUUCGUCGGAGUCUCCAUGGCGGGUUGUUACGUCACCUGCCCCCUGUACACGAAGGAGAUCAGUCAAGACUGCAUCAGAGGCUUCCUCGGGUCUUUGACAAUUCUGUUUCACACAACGGGUAACUUACUACUUUACGUAAUCGGAGACCUGAUGAGCUACCGGCCGAUACUGUGGACAUGCCUCGCGAUGCCAACACUUCACCUGGUGCUGUUCCUCAUGAUGCCGGAGUCUCCUUCCUACUUAGUUAAACAGGGGAAUCUGGAGGAAGCUGCAAGAGUGGUGGCCUGGUUGCGGUGCAGGAAAGAAGAUGACCCUAAAGUGUUCCAAGAGUUAGACUUCAUAAGGAAAGAACAGAAGAAGGACGAAGAAAGUAGUAAAUUUGUAUUCAAAGCUAUUUGUGAUAUAUUCCGAGCAUUCCUCAUUGCCCUGGUCAUCGCGUUGGCCAGGGAGGCGUGCGGCGCAGUCCCGGUGCUCAAUUUCGCUGGAGAGAUCUUUGCCCUGGCCUCCGAGGGGUCAGGGCUGGUCCUGACGCCCAACCAGCAAGCUAUGAUGCUAGGGGCCGUCCAGGUAUUAGGGUCUACUCUUGCGGCUAGCGUUGUGGAGAAAGCUGGGAGGAAGCCACUUCUAUUUGUGACAUCUUUCCUGUCCGGGUUGAGUAUGUGCCUCCUGGCGUCCUGGUUCCUGGCCCGGGAGUACUCACUCAUCUGGCCCGCAUGGAUGCCUAUCACGGUCCUCUGUAUAUGCAUCUUCUGCGACUCCUCAGGACUUCAGCCGCUGACUGUCAUUGUUACUGGCGAAAUAUUCUCUUAUAAGUACCGCGGGACAGUAAUGGCAACGACCAUGUCGGUGGCCUCCUUCGUAGACUUUCUUCAGAUGCUGUUUUUCAAGCCCCUUGCCAACGCAGUGGGCAUUCACGUGUCAUUCUACUUUUUCGGCGUAAUCUGCAUAGCUGCUGCAAUUUAUGUGAUUCUGGUACUUCCAGAAACAAAACAGAGACCUCUUGAGGAGAUUUACGAGGAUAUGAAAAGUAAGAAAGAGAAGAAAACAGAUAUAGAGACCCAAGAGAAUGAGAAGGAGAUAUACGUUUUUUAAAAUUAAUUAAAAAAUAUAUUUUUAUUAAAUGUAAUAAACCAG